UUAUGUCCUCUAUCACCAUUUCCAUUGUCAAUACUUCCUUUGUCGUCAUUAUACCCUGUAUCGCCAUUCUUAUCGCCUUUAUGUCCCCCUUCGCCAUUCCUAUCGCGAUUAUAUCCUCUAUCGACAUUCCUAUGGCGAUUAUAUCCUCUAUCGACAUUCCUAUCGCGAUUAUAUCCUCCUUCGCCAUUCCUAUCGCGAUUAUAUCCUCCUUCGCCAUUCCUAUCGCGAUUAUAUCCUCCUUCGCCAUUCCUAUCGCGAUUAUAUCCUCCUUCGCCAUUCCUAUCGCGAUUAUAUCCUUCGCCAUUCCUAUCGCGAUUAUAUCCUCCUUCGCCAUUCCUAUCGCGAUUAUAUCCUCCUUCACUAUUCCUAUCGCGAUGA